GCAAUGCAUGCGUAGCUUUGAGUCGUUGGAGACAUUAAUUUGUUCACACGCGGUUUUGUUCUCUACGCAGGAUUCAACCGCCUAAGUUUUAGGCAAAAUCCAAUUCUUGAUUUUGAUUUUUGCCAACUUAAUCCCAAAAUUUUCAGCUCUAUAAAGUCACGAUGAAAUCACAGUUUCUUCUCCGUUCACAAACACUGUUUUUACCUCAAAAGCAAGUUCUCAAACCCUAUUACCCAGAAGCCAUGGCCACCACUACAAGGGACCUCAAAAUCCACCUUUCAAAAAGACAAAGAGGUCUCAGAAUCUGUUUGUGCGUGUCCUCACUUGUGAUCCUCGUUGCUGCGAUCUUGAUCUUGAUCUUCACCAUCUUCAAGCCCAAGGACCCUUCGGUGUUCGUCAACCCUGUUGACCUCGAAAACUUUCAAGUGCUCUCACCAAAUUCUAGCGGUGCCCCUUUGAACUUGGUGAUCACAAUUCAGAACCCAAACUAUGCAAGUUUCAAGAACAGAAAUGGCAGUGGGUAUCUCAAAUACGGCGACACCAUUAUUGCAGAAAUACCCUUAGAAUCACGGUUAUUCCCUGCAAGAAGCACCACGAAUGUGAGCACCACUGCGAAUAUUCAGACAGAAAAAUUGCUAAAAGAUCCAAACUUUAUGGUAGCUGUGGAAGGUGGGGCCUUCAAUAUGACAUCAGAGGCAAAACUUUCUGGGAAAGUGAGGAUGGCGAAGAUUAUAAGGUUGAAGGCGAAGGUUUAUCUCUCUUGCACCAUCUCUUUGAACAUUUCUGCUUUUCAAACCGCUUCCACCUGCAUCUCCAAACUCAAGCUAUGAUUCUUAGUUUCCAAAGGAACUUUGCAUUGAGAUCGUUUGUGAUUGGUUUAUGUUACCGACAUGGAUUGAUUCUGAUGCUUUAUAUAUAUAUAUAUAUUAUAUAUAUAGCUGCUGCAAUCAAGUGAAAAACUCUUGGAAUUCAGGAAUGUAUAGUAAUUUUUAGGUGUGCUUCCACUUUGCAGCACAUGAAAAUUGUUGAUUGAUAGAGUGAACACAUUCAUAUAAAUAAUAAAUAAUAAUAGUGCAUUCCAAUUAAUUUAUGUUA